UUGUUCAGAUGAUUAGCUUCAUUUGAAUUGUUACAAGUGAUUGACAGCAGCAUGUGUACUCCAAGUGCCAUUCUAAAUAGUCUAUUUUUGGUAUGUAGGCAUUGAUUGCCCCUCUUGUGUCCUAUCCCCUCUACAUUCCUAUCCUGGGAUUCAUUGCAGUAUUCAGGAGGUUUUCUGUGUCUUUUUUAAUAACCAUGGGUUGCUGCUUCAGUAUGGAAAGAAAUUCGAGCAAACCUAAUGAAAGAACAAGUCUUUUAUAUGCAUCAGAAAAAAAGUUCCUUCAGAGAAGUAUUGAAACAUGACCACAGUACUGUACUUUGCGCUAGAAAAGAUGAAGAGCUAUCUACUUUGGUGAAGAACUGUAAUAAGAGAGGAUGCAUAUGUGCGGACAAGAUUAGUUCCAAGUGUGAAUGCAGCAGAGAUCUUUUGGGGAAUGAGAACAUUACUUGUCAUGAAAGACAGAGUUUAUUCAUUAAGAAACCACAAAUAAACAGUGAAGAAAGCUAUAAGGUGGUUCCAGAAAAACAAGGUUUAAUUUAUAACUUGCUGAAGCUGUGGCAGUAUUUAAGAAAUAACAACGCCGGUUCAGUAACAAAGGCAGUAACAAAAGGCAAGUUUUACAAGGAUAAAUUGGAAUCGUAUGACAAAAUGGAAGAAGAGUUACAUCUGUGUGGUGGUUCUGCAUCAGAAUUUUUACAGUCAAAAGCCUUAAACAGUAUCUCUGUGGAUUGCCUGCUGUCUUUUGAGGACACCAAUGAACCUGGUUUUCCAUCUUCGGAAAUCACCUGCAAGAAUCUGGAAAAUUUAAAUAUGUUUAAAGAAAGAAAAAGAGGCAACCACUGAUAUCAAAUGUGUAACAGCUGCCAAUUUUGAGUUGAAUGGAAUGAAAAAUGAAGCAGGCAAUAUUGGGAUGACAUCUAAAGAUACUGGACAAAGUGAUGUUGAAACUGAGCAAGCAAAGAAUUUGUUUUGUUCUGGUGUUGAUGGGUACAGUGUUGAUAGCAUAAGCCUUCUACAUGAGGAUCGUAGCCAACAUGAUAUUUAUGCAUCAACACCUUCCUAUGAAAUAUAUUGUAAAAAGGAAGCAGGUUUGACUACAUUGGAAGAAAUUGACAUUCCAGUUUCUGAACAUGAAAAAUGCUCUUUUUUCAACAAAGACUUAAAAGUAGGUCUUUUAACUGAGUUUCACUCCAUGUGUGGGGAAGAAUGCAGAUGCUUUAACAACCUGGGUAAAUUUAUUUCAAGUGAGCAGUGUUACUUUAAUAACAUGUGGCAGCACUGUGAUUUAAAUUCUGCUACAGUUAACAUACAACAGACUAACCCAUCUGAUCCAGAUGACCAGCCAAGAGUUUGGAACAAUAUUAGAGUUUUACAGAAAGAUGGAGUAUGGAGUUUUCCACCUAAACAGAGAGAAACUGAAUCAGCAAAAGUUUCUGAACUUAACCCACUUGCGAAAGUAUGGGCGAACCGCGUGCUAAACUUGGAAGAUACAGGCUUUUGCGAUAGCAGUUCACUGAAGACUUGCAAAGUGGUAUCGGCUAAUUCUUCCAACAGUGCUGUUCAAGGGAAUGAAGUCGCCAGUGAUAAAUCCAUAUCAUAUCAGGAGGAUUUGUUUCCUGAGCUACAGGCAUCUCCUGCAAGUCCUCUGUCGAAUUCUGCAGACAUGAAAGCUGUGACUCUGGAAUCCUCAAAUCCUGUGUAUACAGAAUUUGAACCUAUGCAUGACUCUAGUCAGAAAGGUUGCAGUGAUGCACCUGAGACGGAAAGUCAGGAAGAUCUUCGAGAUCAUCUCAAAAAGACACUUGAGUUUUGUUUAUCUCGGGAGAAUCUUGCCAGAGAUAUGUAUCUCAUUUCUCAGAUGGACAGUGACCAAUAUGUGCCAAUAAUGACAGUAGCAAAUCUUGACCAUGUGAAGAAGCUCAGCACGGACAUAGAUUUGAUUGUUGAUAUAUUGAGAUCCUUGCCUUUAGUUCAAGUUGAUGAAAAAGGUGAAAAAGUCAGACCAAACCAGAACCGUUGCAUUGUGAUUUUAAGAGAAGUUCCAGAGUCAACUCCAGUGGAGGAUGUAGAAGCACUUUUCAAGGGAGAGCACCUACCAAAAUUCAUCAAUUGUGAGUUUGCCUACAAUGAUAACUGGUUCAUCACCUUUGAAUCUGAAGCUGAUGCACAACAGGCUUAUAGGUACCUUCGAGAAGAUGUGAAAACGUUUCAGGGAAAACCUAUUAAGGCAAGAAUUAAAGCAAAGGCGAUAGCUAUCAACACUUUUUUGCCAAAGAAUGGCUAUAGACCACUGGAUGUGAACCUCUGUGCUCAACAGAGAUACACUGCCUCCUUCUACAUACCUCCGGUGUACAGUCCUCAGCAGCAGUUUCCAUUAUAUAGUCUAAUAGCACCUCAGACAUGGUCGGCAACGCAUGGUUUUAUAGAUCCACCUUUGGUUGCUCCUUUUCCCAGCACUGGAUUCAUAAACGGAUUCACAACUUCACCUAGUUUCAAACCAGCAUCAUCUCCACUCACUGUUAGACACUACUCUCCAAGGAACCGAAAUCAUAGUAAACCUCACAUUAGGCCUCCUAUGCCAAAUGCAGAUCGUGGACCGGGCCUGCUUGAGAGUCCAACGAUAUUUAAUUUUCCUACUGAACGUCUAUUAAAUGGUGUUCGAAGCCCUCAGACGCGUCCACUUGGGCAAAAUAGGACUCGCCUUCAGAGCACUAUGAGUUACAAGAGAGAUGCUGGAGUUGGACGAAUAGAGCAAAAUAAUACUGAUGGUUCACCCAGCAUUACCAGAGGGAGGAAAAAUGUAUACGGGUAUAGGAAAAAAAGGGAAGACAAAUUUACGAGAUUAACUCAAUCACCUCCACCCCAAAAGCCUCCUUCACCCAGCUUUGAACUUGGUUUGUCGAGUUUUCCUCCUUUGCCUGGUGCUGCAGGCCACUUAAUGAGUGAGGAUAGAUUGUCCAGUACUGUAACAGGGUCUUCAAAGGACAAGAAUGUAAAUGUCGAUGCCAAUACCAACACGGUCCUUUCAGGAAUUCCACAAGAAUCGCCAGUGCCCAGUAUACCAGUGCUGCUGCCAGUGAGUCUUGAGGGGCCCCCUUCAGCACCACCUUCCCCUGACGAAGAAAGUGUCCAGGACAAGCACAAAGACAUACCAGUUCCAGUUGACCAUCUGACUUCUACCAUUACAACUGCAAGUAAAUCUGUUCAGGUGAAUGGUGCAGCUACAGAGUUGAGAAAACCUAGUUAUGCAGAAAUUUGCCAGAGGACAGCAAAAGAUGCUCCACCACUACAACCUGCAAAAGAACUGAAGGUCAACAAUAACAUUGUUAAUGAUGAAAAAAAGUCACUAGAAUCUCCAGGAGAUAAAACUGACUCUAAGCAUAGAGAAAAUCUCUCCUCUAAGACAGCACCAGGACGACCAAGAGAUAUAAAACGACAAUCUGGGCGCCGUUCAUCACCAACAGUGGUACAGGGAGCAGGAAGACGUUACAACAAAGAUCAUGGCACACCUCCAAAAUCUCCUCAGUAAUUUCUGAGGUUUGCAAUGAGCUCAAAAAGGGUUAUCUUUAUCCUAGAGUCACCUUUAAUAGCACAGAAAACAUAAUGCUGGUUCAGGACUUCUAAAGAAAGUAACACUCUUGAUGUGAAAAAUUAUUUUUUACUUUUUUUUAUUUUCUGUUGUCUCCCUAUUAUAACAUCCACUGUCCAUUUGGAGCAGUCUGAUAUCUAUUGUAGCAUGAGUUAAUCUUAAGUAAAAUGUUAGAGUUCAUUAUUCAUAAUCUAGGUUUGCAGAGUGUACUAAAAACACUGAAACCUAUUUUGAUGGAUUUAAUGCUAAGUUUACAGUAGUAACUCGGCUUAACAAAAGAGAAUUCUGAAUGAAUGCUGCAUAAAAAGUGAUGAGCAACUCCUUUCCCUUGAUGGACUUUUACAUGUGUUUAGUUUGCAGAGUACUUAUUUUAUUUGUGAGAUAUUUAACCUGUGAAUCCAUAUUCUUACAGAAGCUGAUAUAGAUGGCACAGAAAUAGAAUCCAUGUUUGCCAAAAUGUUUUUUAAGACCAAGUGCUGGGAAUGAGUGGAAUAUUUUGUCUGGUGAAAGAGUUAUACAGCUCUUUUCUUUUGGCCUCUACUGUAUUUAGAAGAGAUGUAAAAGGCCCACCAUCCCACCAGUCUCCAAUUACCUGUGUGGGCUGCAUUUCUCCAUUGAUUUUUUUUUUAUGUAUUCCUUUAUUUAUUGUAUUUUUCUGUAAUUUUUUUAACAAGAACAUUGCCCUCCCUAUUUCUAAAUUAAGUUUUAUAAAUUGAUUGAAGGGAUGGCAGUACAUUCUUAGGAAGCUGAUAUUCAUGGGCAGAUCCAAGAUUUCUUUAGAAUGUAUAAAACUUUUUUUUCUAUUCCCAAUUAGCAUGCGCAGCAUUAAAAUGAUGCGGGUUUGUUUGUUGUACGUAUCCGUUAUGUCUGUUACUUUAAAUCGCCCAGCAGCCCACUGCACUUUAAAAGUUAAACACUUUUGUGGGCUCAGAAGAGUUUGAGGGAACGUACAGUGUUUUAAACCAAGUGUGCAUAAACGGUUAUUUGUGUUUUAGUUGAUUUCUUUUAAUGAAAUGAGUUAAUGUUUUCUAUUUUUGCCUUUUUAAAUGCAGUCAACUGGACGUCAUUCAACAACAUUUUCACAUAUCUUGAGUUAAAUUAUAUUUUCCUUUUUUAAUUUAGAAAUGCAGAUUUUUUUGGAAUUAUCUGUGCCAGAAAUGCAUUUACUCACCCAGAGUAGAGUAACAUAUAUAAACCUAUGGAUAUUUUUGCUUGUUGUAAAUCUUCUCACAAAUGUAUUUUUCUUUUUGUAUGUACACAUCUGUGCUCUAAUUUGAGUGACUCUUGAGGGAGAAAAGUAACCACAUUUCUCUCUGCAUCUUGUGCCAAGGGCUCCUGAACAGAGUUCACUUCUGUAGUUCUACAGUAUAUCUUGUUGACGUCUUCCUGCUUCAUAAAGCAUCUUCAAAACAGCAACAGUUGAUUUUGAUGCUUGGAAAUAUUACCCAGAUUAGUCAUUUGCUGCAGAAGUAAUGCUAUACUACAUGAUAUUUUUGAUAUAUUCUUUUUUUUUUUCUUUUUUUGCGAUUUAUUUUCUAGAAAGUAACAGACUUAAAUUUCUAAAUUUCGAAGGACUAGAAUGCACUAAGUUUACCAAUCUUUAGUUUGGAUUUGACUUUUUUUGUUAGUAGUGCGCUGUUUAUGUUUAAUUACACAACAAUGCAGUUAACUGAAUGAAAAUACUAUUUAAACUGAUCUUUUGAUUUAUUUUUUUUUUAUUCAGAAGAAAAUUCCAUCCAGUGUUUGAAAACUUGAAUUUUAUUUAAACUUGAAAAUGACUUUGCCUUAACUUUUAUAUAUGACAACAUGGUUUGCUUUUGAACCCUAAAGGGUUACCAAGAGUGGCACAUGUGAAUACCUAGGUAUAUCUGCUGUCAUUGGUAAAAGAUGAAUAAAAAUUAUCAAAUGUCAUAAACAAACUAGAAUUAAAUUGCAUUUUUAGUAUACUAUCUCAGAUUUUUCAGUUUGUUUAAAAAAAAAAA